CCCGCCCAGCCAGAAUGGCGGCUCUUUUGGAAAGUGUGUUGUCACGAAGGCUGGACGCGCGCAAGGUCGCCGACUGGCUGCAGAGCGUCCAGGAAGGCGACAAGCUGUCUUUUGGUGAGUCCGGGGUGACGGUCCAGAAGCAGGAGUUUGUCCCUUUCCUCCUGAAUUUCCUGAGGGAGCAGAGCAGUCAAGCCCUGGUCCAUGGCCCUGCCACGCCGGCCAAGACCCCCAGACCGGCUGCACAGACCCGGGGCUUCUCCGACCGCAGGCCCUGCAGGUCUGCUGGCCCUGGAGCUGGCUCUGGCUCUGGCUCUCGCAGCACCAGCCGGGUUCAGCUGUUUUCUCCCGCCGCCUCGGGGUCACCUGGACCUGAGUGGGAUUUGAGCGGUCAGUCGACCUCCAACUGCCUGAGCGGGAUCAAUGCGUUCAGCAGCCCCUCCUUUUCCGCAGGCUGGAGCCCUGCGUCCAGGCCAUCGGGCUCGGACCGCCGACAUAACCAGAGAUUCAGUCUUGGUGACUACAUGGUUUCUCCUCCCGGGCUGCAGAACAGUCCCACAUUCCAGUCCCACAAGGGCCGCAAGAAGAUCGGUAGCAACGCAGCCGCCGGGGGACAAGGGAGACAGGGAGGAGGGCGCGGGGGGCAUAACAGUGAAGACACUGGAUGCUCGGACACUGGAGGGAAGAGAUUAGGUAGAGGAGGAGGGAAUGGGAAGAUCAAUGAGCAGAUUUCACCUCCAUCCGCAAGUCAUCUCAAUGUGAACAACUUGGAAGAAUUCCCUCCUGUUGGAUCCUCCCCCAUUUCUCCUGCAGCCUCGAAGCCAUCUAGAAGGAUAAACCCGACACCGGUUAGUGCAGAUCGACCACAUUCAAAACCAAAGACCUGCUUCACAUCCACCCCAUUCAGGAGACCUUCUAGCCCUCAACUGGGAGUAGAAGCGCCUGAGGGGUCAGUGACGGUCGGCAGCCCACUGAGCCUGCAGGAAGAAAGGGAAUUACUCAAGAGAGAAAAGACAAAACGUGCCCAGCAGGUUGCUGCUCCUCAGCAGACCUCUCACGAGCCCUGCACCCCACCCAGGACGGGGGGGGUGACAGGAUCCAGAGUUACACCAGACCUGCCAGCAACUUCUCCUGAACCCUCCAAAGUCACUCUUUCCUCAGAGCUGGAUAUUUUGGCUGGACUGUAUUGUACCUGCAUUUCAGAAAACCUAGUGCCAAACAUUUUCCUGGAGCUCUUCUUUGUGAUGCAGUUGCUCACGUCUCAGUCUCCUCAUACUCAGAACGAAGAGCAGAAAACGUGUGAUGGUAACUCAGAUGUUUUAGAAAGAUCGUACCUGAGACAAGUACACAACUGUGUCUAUUUUGCUGUGAAGGUUCUGGAGAAUCAGUUUCAGCUACUUGCUCAUUUGGACAAGGGCACCUUGCGUCUCCUGGCCGAGAAUGAACGGGUGGCUUCCUUCUCUCCAGAUCUCAGAAAUCGCCUCGCCCAGGCUCAGGACAGAAGCUCAGCAAAGCUCUCUCCCUCGGCGUCCACCUUCAUCCACUCGGUCCCGUUCCAGCCUGCUACAGACAACCGUUCCAACUUCGGUAGCGACAAGGCCUUCCACACCUUUAAGAAACAACGAGAUGUUUUCUAUGAAGUUUUGCGUGAGUGGGAGGACCUUCACAAAGGGCAAGGGUGGAACUUUGAAGCUGCGCUGGGAGGCAGAAUCAGAGGUAUCAUGAGUCAUCUGAGCUCCGCGGGAAAUCAUUCGCAUUUUGCCCGUCUGUUCUUGAAACAGCUUGUUCAGAUGUGUAAAGGCCCCCGUGUGAACAGCUCUCCUGGGGAUGCGCCGGAUGCCGACCUGCUGGGAAUGCUGGGAGCCGAUAGCCUCGGCCGUCUGAAGCGCCUCGAAGAACGUCUCAUCCAGCCUCACGGAGUGGUCGGUCCCUGCCCUCCUCCAUCCUUUCCUGGUCACCAAGAGUUCUUCAGGGACUUCAUCCAGGCAGCGAGCUGCUGUCAGCUGAACCAGCACCUGCAGGACAGCUUGUGUCAGCAGUUGCUUCAGCUGGAUGAGGUUUCCAUACUUCGCCCUCCUGCUUCAGUCGGGGAGGGGGAGGGGGAGGAGGACGGGGACUUGGAGCAGCAGGAUGAGAAGCAGCGGUUUUCCUCGGUGCUUCUCCUGGCUCGUCUUCUGGCAAAGUUCCUGGGAUUCAUCGCCUUCCUGCCCUACCAAACGUCUGAGAAGCCGUCCAGAGAGAUACAGGAGACAUCGGUGGCCCUGCGGAGCAAGAGCGUCCCGGUGCUGGACGUGUGCGCGGCGCUGAGCAACAGCAUGAGGAGGAGGCGGACCAUCCUGACCGUGCCCUGGCUGGUCGAGUUCCUCUCCAUGUUGGACUUCGUGGGUCCGCUGCUCCACUGCUACAAAACUGCGCUGGGCACGCUGCUUCUGCUGUACAGGAGACUGCUGCUGAACCGGUGUGAAGAAAUGUGUUACCUGAACAAGCUUCUCCUGGUGUCGGUGUUAGGGUGGCUCUUUCAGAUCCCAGUAAUUCCCGAGGAUUCUUUGUUCACUGAGUUUAAUGCAGUAGCCAGGGUGGAGGACGGCGACACAACUUCUGCAGGACUGGACUGCAUUGCUCUGGUGGAUCAGCCGCUGCUUUAUACUUGCUGUCCAUUUCUUGGUGAGUUUCGGAAACUCCUGGCUGCCUUCGUGUCCGGCAGCACGGCCAAGAGCGGGGGAAUCAUCCGCAAGAUCACGCCCACUUCUGCAGAGCUCAAGGACACGCCGGCUGCUAACAGAUCGCAGCAGAAGCUGCAGGUGGAUCUUGAGCAGGCCUUUUUCCACAACCAGCCUCCAUCGCUGCGGCGCACCGUGGAGUUUGUGGCGGAGAGGGUUGGAUCCAACGCUGUCAAGCACAUGAAAGCUACGUUGGUCAGCGAGCUGGUGGAGAGGGGAGAGAAGAUCCUGAGAGAUCGACUCGGCUCCCCAAACGUAAAUCCCUCAAAACUGAACGACUCCAUCUGCGCUCAGCUGUGUGACGCGGGCUCCGAGGCUUUGGAAAGAGCCACGAGAUUUUGCAAUGAGAAGAGCCCUGAGGCCAUACGGACGCUGCUCCCCGAGGAGACGUCCCCUGCGGUCCUGGCUACAUCUGAAAACAUCACCAAACAUCUGGCUGCAGGAAAAGCCUGCAGCUGGCUGUCUGCCAACAUCGAAGGCAUCAUAAAGCGAGAGUGGAAGAACAGGUAUGAUCGUGUGAUGAAGGCUCUGGGCAGCCCCGCAGCUCCAGACUCUGCAGACGUGGGCGAGGCGGCGGCUGAGCUGGCGGCUCUGCAGCAGUCCAGUCCUCCCAAGAAGAAACAAGGAAGCGACAGAGUGAUGUCCUGCCCUCCUCGCUGCGACCACAGCGCUUCACUGCCCUCGGACAUCCUCAUUGAGAUUAAGGAGCUGCUGAGCGUUGCCGUCGGCCCCAGAACCGACGAGGAGCUGCCGACUGGCUGUCAGAUCAAAACUCUGCUGCACAGAGUAGAAGGCACGCUGGCCUGCAGGAAGUUCUUGACCGGGGUGUCGGAGCAGAUGCUUCUGAACUCAACUGUUCUGCUGGCCUGCAAACUGGUGUCUGGAGAGCUGCCGGUGCUGCCUUCGUCAGGGUACAACGGGCUCGGGGGGGUCAUGCUGGGACCUGGUUCAGGGUCGGAGACUCCCGUCCCGGAGCUGCUGGAGCAGCUGGCAGAGCUGUGGCAGAGAGACAACGCUUCCUCGGCUCCCGUCCACCAGCUCUUCAGCCCUCUCACCGUCUCUGCCGUGCUGAAAGCCAACGACGCAGAGAAGACAAACUACCUCUUUCUGGUCAGAAGGCUGGUCGACAAAGGAAUAUUGAAUGAGGCGACGGUCAUUUCCCUUUGGAAGAAGCUCACAGACCUGGCCCUGCCAGCGGAGCUGAUUGAGAAUUUUCAGCUGCAGUCGCAGAGCACGAGACUCUUGCCGCCUCUCCCUGAGAUGCAGAAGCGCGUGGACGUGCUGCAGGUCUCGCAUCAGACAGUAGAGGGCGCCACAUGACAACAGUCCCACCACUUCGUCCCGGAUCACCGCAGUGUCUUAUGCACAUCUGGCCAUGUCUUCUUCAGGAGGGAAGCUGCUCUGGGCAGUUGUUGUUGUUUUUAAUUCCUUUCUUUGCCAGUCUUUGUGAGCCUCAGAUGCUUGAUUUUGACCUGUGCACUGCAGCCUUUCAUGUAUUUAUCGUCUUUCCAGCUCCCAUUGAGAGCAAAGUAUUUUAACACAGAGCGACUAUAAGCACAGACAGAAGACUGAAUUGAGUAAAACCAGGUUUGAUCUUCGCAUCAGGAUUACACUUUCUUAAACCAAUCUUUAUCUGAGCUUAGCACUUUGAUAAACCACCUUUUUGAACAGAUAACUGGUGAUUGCAUGUUUAUUUCAUGAAUAUGACUGUAUUUGUGAUUGUUUUUGUUCACAUUGAACGACACUGUAAGCAUUGCUCCUUUUAAAAACUGAUAUUUUUAUGUCCUUGGAAACUUAAAAUAAGUAAUAAAGUUGAA